CCGCACCAGCAGGGGGCGCUGUCUGUUUUUACAGCGUGUGAAAAAGUCCUGAGCCUGGUCUUAUCGGUGUUGCUCGGAGCUGUUUGUUUUUAUUUCGUAGUUUUUCUUUACUGUUUGUGUUACGGAAACAAGAUGGCCGGCACCGCGUUAAAGAGGCUUAUGGCGGAAUACAAACAGCUGACCCUGAACCCACCUGAAGGCAUUGUUGCAGGUCCAGCCAACGAGGAGAACUUCUUCGAAUGGGAGGCGCUCAUUAUGGGUCCAGAGGACACGUGUUUUGAAGGAGGAGUGUUUCCCGCCGUCCUCAGCUUCCCCUCUGACUAUCCUCUCAGUCCUCCGAAGAUGAGGUUCACCUGCGACAUGUUUCACCCCAACAUUUAUCCAGAUGGCCGGGUUUGUAUCUCCAUCCUUCAUGCACCCGGUGACGACCCGAUGGGUUAUGAGAGCAGCGCAGAGAGGUGGAGUCCGGUCCAGAGCGUGGAGAAGAUCCUGCUGUCUGUGGUCAGCAUGCUGGCAGAACCAAACGAUGAGAGCGGUGCGAACGUUGAUGCGUCUAAAAUGUGGCGCGACGACAGAGAGCAGUUCUACAAACUGGCUCAGAAGAUCGUCCGCAAGUCGCUGGGCUUGUAGAGAUUAUGUCAUCACGCCGCUCUGUGUGUGUGUGUGUGUGUGUGUGUGUGUUCGCAUCUCGGAUACAGACUGUGGAGCAUCAACAUUGUUACCAUGGAAACCACCAACAAAUACACACACACUGAGCUGCAGUUGGAUAGAUCAAUGAACUGAUGGAUCAGAGAUUGAUCAGUUAUGGUCACAGUGGCAUCACCAGGGGAACCAACAGCAGCUUGUCAUAACCUCACUUCCUGUUUGUGUCUUCCUCCUCUCCUCCUCUCUCUCCCUGCUGUUGGCUCCACAUGGCUUCAGAUUGAAGUUUCUCAGCGAACUGUUUGCACUUUAUCUCCUCCUGGUGGUCACCAUGUCGGACUUCAGUUUGGUUUUUACAGCUGAGAUGAUGGAGUUCUGCAGUGAAGACUUGGUUUUCUUUCACGAGUAGUUAAUUAAAAACAGAAUAUUGAGCUCUUAGUUUCUCUGGUUUCUUAUUGAUCUCCUCUGUGAAACUAACAGCUUCACUUUGUUUCUGUUUCUGCUAUCAAACUGAUUUUAAAGCAUGUUGACACAAACUUAAUAAAACAAGUUUCUGUUUCAGGA